AUGCCGCGCGGAUGGACGAAGACGCGCGCGUACGACUCGCAUCACUUUGACGCCGACGCGUGGUCGGUGGUGACGCCUCGAGCGGGUGACGUCAUCAUCGCCACCGCGUAUAAAUCUGGCACGACGUGGAUGCAACAGAUCGUGUCGCAACUCGUGUUCGAGGGCGCGGCCCCGGCGGCGUUGGGGGAGCUCUCGCCGUGGGUGGAUCUGCGCGUGCCCCCGCGGGAGGUGAAGCGAGGGAUGAUCGAGGGAUUGCCCUCGCCCCGGAUCUUGAAGACGCAUCUUCCGACGACGGGGUUGGAAUACGACGAAAACGCGAAGUACAUUUACGUCGCGCGGGACGGCCGCGACGCGUUCAUGUCUUUGAUGAACCACUAUAAGAACGGUAAUGAAGCGUUUUACGGCGCGCUGAACGGCCCUGGGUUAAAGGGCGCACCUUUGCCUACGUGGGAAGAGGCGUGCGAAGGCGAGGGCGACGAGAAACUUCGCGCGCUUUUUGACAAGUGGCUCAACACGCCGUGGGGCCAGCACCCGUGGGAAGAAGACGGGUGGCCUUUCUGGUCUCUGUUCUAUAACAUGAAGACGUGGUGGGACGCGCGCGAAUCCAAGAACAUCAUCUUCGUGCAUUUUUCGGAUUUGAAGAAGGAUUUGAAGGGUCAGAUGCGACGCAUUGCGAAGUUUUUGAACGCCCCGAUCGAUGAAAGCAAAUUCGAUGCGCAAGUCACAGCGUGCACGUUCGAGAGCAUGAAGGGUAACGCCGCGAGCGUCGCGCCUCUCGGUGGCGCGCUGUGGAAGGGCGGUGCGGAGACGUUCAUUAACAAAGGUACCAACGGCCGGUGGAGGAACGUUCUAACCAAGGAACAAGUCAAGCAGUACGAGCAGGUGGCUGAGAAACGGCUGGGUAAGGACUGCGCAAAGUGGCUCGCCAACGGCGGCGAUAUGAACGGCCGUGGGUGCGUGAUCAUGUGA